UCCCAUGUCUGAAUCAACGUUAGUCGACGGUGUAUGAAAUUAAAACUGAAAAAGCUGUCUCAUUUCUCAUUUACAGAAAUGGCGACAAUCACUGCUUGCACCACAACUUCUUUAGUAGCCCGUGCUGCUCUCGUGCAAAAUGGAUUUGUAUCUCGCCCCUCCUCUCUUCUUGGGUUGCCAGCCAUGAGCAAGUAUAUGGGAAAGGUAAAAUGUUCAAUGGAAAGAAAGGAAGAAGGGCAAGAUGGUAAUGAGUCAAAGUUAGGAAUGGGUGCAUCUUUAAUGGCAGCAGCAUGUGCAGCAACAAUGUCAAGUCCAGCAGCUAUGGCUUUAGUGGAUGAAAGAAUGAGCACAGAAGGAACAGGGCUUCCAUUUGGUUUGAGCAAUAAUCUUCUUGGUUGGAUCCUUCUUGGUGUCUUUGGUUUGAUUUGGUCUCUAUACACAGUUUACACUUCUAGCCUAGAUGAGGAUGAAGAUUCUGGAUUGUCUCUUUAAUUUGAGCUUGUAAUUAAGCAGUUCCCACAAUCCAUCAAUCCUUAUUCUUAAUUAUUGUGUGAAUUUAUGUAAAAUUAACAUGGCCACCAAUUAAUUGUACAUUGGUGUUAUCAAUUAAUUUGUUCAGUUGCUUGUAGUAUUCCCUUUUUCU